CUUGCGCUUUUCAAAUCCCUGAAAGCCUUCGUGGCAGCUCCGACAGUCCGCUCCGCCCAGUCCAUCGUCCCUCUCUCUCUCUCUCUCUCUCUCUCUCGCUCGCUCCCUCUCCCCCUCCGUCUACGGCCGCCGGCGUCUGUCCCCGGGACGUGGUCCUUACUUCUACAAGUUUGCUACCGCCAACGUUCAGCGUCCCUACCACACACCGAGCUACUUCACUGCUUGAUUCCGACGACCCUAAUUCAUUGCUUCACAGCCGCUACGCUAGAAAUUCGUCCGUGGGGAGGGAGCUUCCCUCCUUUCCUAAAAGGCUUCCAUGGCAAAAAGGAGGGCUAAGAGGCCAAGAAAAGAGUCAUCUGCAGAUGCUGCAAACCAGGAGGAUGAUCAAAUCAAGCCGCCAAAAACAGCAACAUGCACAAUUACUCACUACGAAAUUGACCAUCGAAUAAAUGCAAUGCGCGCAAUUUGUGAUGCAGAAAUUGCACACUUGCUGAACCAGUUUCAUCUUAUGCGCUCAUACUAUAACAAGAAACAACUUGACACUCCUCUCAUAGACUUUCUCAAGGAAAAUUGCCCCAAUGUGUCUCUGGCAAAAGCUACUGAAGAUGGAGAAUAUGAACUGGAAUGGAAGAUGUCCACAAAAUAUCCAGAUCAUGACAACAUUUUCCAGGAAAUGGUGGUCUUGAAUUUUCGAGCAGAGCAGGUUAGUAACUUGCAAAUAUGGUCUAUGUUUAUUUGCAGUCAACUGAGUUGCAAUUAUGACUCCUUUAUGUAUCACUUUUCUACAGUGAGGGAGAGCUUUUUAAGGGCUGCAAGUAUGCAUAUCCCAGAUUUUGUUUUUGAAGAAAACUGGAAUUCUCGGAUGGUUGGACUACAAGAUUCUUUCCAAACUCCUGGGGUAACUAGUCAAAGGCUAUCUGUUGGCACAACCCCUAAAACAGUAAGGUUGCCCAAGCAUGGUGAGAUGCUGUUAUCAGUCCAUGGUUCACCUUUAGGUGUAUAUCGAGAAGGGGGCAUGGAAGUGAUAAAUGAAUCUGGUGGUUAGUACUUGGAGAUAAUUUCCGGUAUGUCAUUGAGCUGGAAGUGGAUCAGCAUUUGGGGAAAAGAAUGAUAUCGGCCUUUUCUUGUAAAUCAGCAUAAAAAGAUUAUCUGUAAUGGACCGCAUGUUGUUUGUUCUUCGGGAUCUUAUUGUCAAUCGAUAGCUCAGUAUACUAAUUAAUUGGAAAAUGCAUUGCAGGAUGUUGAGAAAUUUGAUUGAGGUAACACUCAAGUUAAUUAUUAAUUGCAUGUAACAGCGAA